ACCGGCCGGACGGUCCGGCGAGAAGCUCUUCCCUGCCACCCCGGUGUUUGUUUUCAUUUUUUAAUUCCGCGGGUUUUUCUUUACUUACGUCGUAGCCCCCGCCGCCCCCUUUCCCCUCCCUCUCCUCGUCCGCUCCGGGCACCGCAACAAAGGAGUCCGUUCCCAGGUGUAGUCACACAGCUGCGGCCGGUACAGACCCGUCCAAAAACCAACCCCGACGCCACGCCUGCUCUUCCCGGCGGAGUUUGUUUCGAAAACAUCCCACGGGCACGGCCGGGGAGGACCCAGGCAUGCCGGUGUACUGGUGGCGCAUGCUGUCAGCCGCCUGCGCGCUCGCGUGCGCGGCGGCGCCCGGCCCGCCGCCCCGCCAGCAGUCCCCACCGCCGCCGCCAGACAACACGGGGCUAGUGGGCGACGACUCGCCUCUGCUGCCGCUGCGCUUCUGGGCCAACACGCAGCGCUCGCAGGUGAAGCCGCGCCGCAAGGACCUGGACGAGGCGACUCUGCUGCGGCUCAUGGCGCACGACUUCGACUCCAAGUGGAUGAGGCGUUCGCCCCCGCCGCCCGCACACGCGCAGGAGGUGGUCGCCAAGGCGGAGCCGGACCGCAAGGCGGUGCGCCAGCUGCAGGAGGCGGCGGCGCGCGAGCUGCGACUGCCCCCGGAGCUGCCGCCGCAGUACCGCGAGCUGGUGGGCGCCUGGCUGGUGCAGCGCGGCUCCUGUCCCGUGCGCUACGUGUGGGCCGACCUCGGCACCUACUUCUGGCCGCGCUGGGUCCGGCGCGGCGAGUGCGGCGCCGAGGUGGCCAACUCCUCGGCGGCCGACGCGCCGGCGGGGGCAGGGGGAGACACGGGCGCCGGCCCCCCCCUCCGUGCAGGCGUCAUGCAGCUGGCCUCCCGGCAUGCUGUGCGUCCCGGGCGUGGCGCGCACGCUCAACAUCCUGCGCUGGCACUGCAGGCUGCGCAAGAAGACGUCGGGCCCCGGCGGCAACAACAACGUGUGGACGCCGGACCGGCUGCGCAGGGUGCAGGACCGCCGCAAGAAGAAGCGCAAGAAGUACCGCUGCCUCUGGCUGAAGGUGCCGUACCCCGUGGCCGAGGACUGCGUGUGCUCCUGCUGACGGCGGGACGAGGACCUGCCCGGGCCCUCCGAGGACCUUCGAAGAGUUCCUCCGGUUCCAUGAGGACCUUUUUGGGUCCACCCGAGGACCUUCCCAGGACCUUCUGGGAGUCCUCCGAUGACCUUCUGGGAGUUCUCCGAGGACCUCCUCCGGUUCCAUGAGGACCUUUUUGGGUCCACCCGAGGAACUUCCCAGGACCUUCUGGGAGUCUUCCGAGGACCUCCUCCGGUUCUUUAAGGACCUUUUUGGGUCCACCCGAGGACUCUCCGAGGACCUUCUUGGAGCCCUCCGAUGACCUUCUGGGAGUCCUCCGAGGACCUUCUGGGAGUUCUCCGAGGACCUCCUCCGGUUCCAUGAGGACCUUUUUGGGUCCACCCGAGAACUCUCCGAGGACCUUCUGGGAGUCUUCCGAGGACCUCCUCCGGUUCCAUAAGGACCUUUUUGGGUCCACCCGAGGACCUUCCCAGGACCUUCUUAGAGCCCUCCGAGGAGCCUUUUUUGGGGGGUAAUCCUAUGACCUGACGAUCUUCACGGAGCUCUGAAAGGACCUUACCGCGAGGACCGGCUGGAGACGAGCUGGCAGUCUGCGGGCUAACGCCGAGGACUCCUGCUUUCCAGCCGCGAAGAAAAAUUAUUCAUAUUUACCCUCCCCGGCAUGUGACUGAUUUUUUUUUUGUUUACUUGAUCAGUAUUAACUGUGUUGUCACAGGUGGCGAUGAUUUUUACUGCCCUGUGACUUAGCAGUGCGUGGUUGGGUCUUAACCUGAAUUGAGCGACGCAUUGGUUUCCCCUGACUUAACAACACACUGAGAAAUGGAUUAUUGCCAAGACAAUAAUAAUACAUAUUAGAACCAAAAACACAGGUUACAUCUGGCCUUCUUUCAAGAUAUAUUAUCAACCUAAACUAGUUUUCACAGUCAACGGUAGGUUUAGUUUGUGGAUGUAGGCUAUUUAAAUACCACAAAACUGACACUGUGUAUGUUGUAUUAUAGAUUCAAGAAAGACUGGAAUUUCAAUGUGAAUAUGAUAAACACGUUUUGAUUUGUUUUUAGAUGAUUAAAAUCCCAUGCAGUCUUUAAGUUUUAAAAUAAGCAAUCUCGGGUGAUUCAUUAUACUGUACAUACAUCUUCCUGGCAUUAUUAUGAAAUACAUAAUACGCUUAGUAAUCUUUAAUACUAAGGACCUGAAUGAAAAUAUAUUUAGCGCUUUUGUUUAAAAAAAAUAAUACUAC